GGAGUGAGAGCAGAAAGCCGCCUGGCGCCGCUCAGAGCGCACACAGAGGCCAACAGGGAGGGAGCUCCUCUAUAUCUUUGGACACUUUUCAUCGUUUUUACUUUCAGUUCGAGCCACUCUCUGACCAGCGUUGGACUCAGCGGAUUUAUUUAACCACCAAUCUACUCGUUUACCAGCUGAACUAACUGGACAACAUGUUCUCUUACGUGGUUGUGGCUGUUUUUUUGAUGGGCUCUCUGCGCAACUUCCAUGUGUCUGGCUGCGAUUUUAACUGUGCAGACAAACCUGUGUUCACUCCAUCCAGACUGGUAGUGAAGUACGGUGACUCAGCCUCUGCUGAAUGUGUUGCAUGUACGGGUGCUUGCCAGAACACAUUAUAUAAUUUGGAGAAAUCUGUGGGAGACGUCACAAGAAACGGAACCACGUUGUUGUGGACGGUUGGCUCAUUGACCGAAUGGGAUCCAUCUCCAGAUUGUUAUUACAACACUGAUACUAAUAAGCAGUGUUGCAGCACCCUGCCUGUAAUCGUCUACCAGCCUCCAGAAAGUGUGUCCUUCAGCUUUAUAAAUCACACUGGGCCGAUGUUUGAGCACAACCAGUAUACUCUGCAGUGUACUGUAGAGAACGUAGCUCCUGUUGGGAACCUUGUUGUGACCUUCUACAGAGGACAGACGGCACUGGACCAACAAAAGUCCAGGAUUAGCCAACUAAAACCAGUGAGCGACACCUUCACUCUGAAUAUUAACGUCAGUAAAGAAGAUGACGGAGCCCAGUACUGGUGUGAAGCCAAACUGGAACUGGGACCUGAAGGACCACAACGUCCUCCAGUGGUGGCGUCAGAAAACAUCACUGCCACAGUCUACUAUGGACCUCGUCUACUGAACGCAGAAAAUCCAAAUCCCAUCAAAAUCACGGAAGGACACAGUCUACGCUUGAACUGCUCGGCUGUGGGAAACCCCAUCCCUUCUUACACCUGGACCGUUCCAUCAGCUAGCUCUUCCUUCCCCAAUGACAGCGUUCUCACAAUCAAUUCUGUCAACUUUGAGCAUGAAGGGCAGUACACCUGUACAGUCAGCUGUAUGGGGAGAACAGUCGACGUGACUUUUGCUGUGGAUGUUCAAGCCGACGUCAUCCCGUACAUUAUAGCUGCUGCAGUGAUUGCCGCUGUUGUGAUCAUCGCUGCAGGACUAGUGGUGUACUUCCAGUACUACAGACACAGCAAAAUGGGACAGUACAAGUUGAAGGAUGUUUUGCGUUCUCCGAAACGCGAAGCCGUUCCCCUUCAAGCGUAACUAUGUGGAGAACGUGGGUGGACAAUCUGGAGCUGCAGAGUUUUAAAGCCAUGAGUGGUGAAGACACUGCAGAUCAGCUUUAACUUAUCUAGUUUGAGUCUGGCCUCAUUCUCCCUCUCACUUCUUGUUAUGUCUUGACACUAUCAGAUGACACAGUGAUUUAAAAAAAGAUUUGUCGAGUUUCAACUUGUGGAUCCUAAAUACUGGAUGGAACAAGUCAUUUCCACUUUCACCAAACUGCUGUGUCUGCAGAAGGUCCAGUUUACUGUAAAGAAAGACUUAACUGCUGUAGAAACACUUCAGUUUGAGGCCGUGCAUUGAAGUGUUUAUAGUGAGAUGUCUGAAGCUAAUAUUACUUCAUUAUUUCAUUAUGUAUGCUGUUAAAAGGGCAAAACUUUACAAUAGCAGGUGUACAAACUAACACCAGCAAUGUAUUAGUUUGUCAGUGGCAACUCAGCCCCCAUUCACUCUUACUGAAGAUGUACAACUUUAAAACAGGCCACAAAUACAAACUUUUUUUUUUUAGACAUUUCCUAAAAACAUUGAUUUUGUAGGUUUUUGUAAACAUUACCUAAACAAAAGUAACUUGUUGAGGAGUAUUUUCUACUGGAGGCCUCACUCAUCACAAUAACAGAACAUUGGUGCCACAGUUUGACAGACGUUACGGGGUUUUACACGUUUUGGAAAAAAAAACGAGUCAUAAUUCAGAAGCCACAGUGGGUCCACCUCAGUUUUGUAACUGUGUCUUUGUGGUGCAACACAUUUGUAACUUUUCAAGUUACCACAAAAUAAUUUUCACACAGACUUGGAGCCAACUCAGCUCAUUGUUUAGGUCUUUUAAAACAAACUGAAUAACUAAAAUAUAGAGUAUCACCAGCUCACUGAAGCACAACCUUGAGUUUGGUACCGAGAAAGAGGCCUCUGGUUCAAUAAGCUUGUCUGUAAAGUGCUGGUUUUGUUGAUAUUGCUGUUGUGUCCUGUGUUUGUACUCCUGUCACUUCAUUGGUUUAAAGACAUUUCUUGCAAAAGGACUGCAGCUGAAAACCAGCUGUCUGGUGCGUUAUCCAUAAAAAUAAUUAAAUGGAGAAAAAAAACACACAAGCAUGUGAUUAGAAACAUUGCUGUUUGAAAUACAUUACUGGGUGUAAAGAGCUGACCAACAAACUUUUAAGUUCUGUAUUGUAAGAGCUUGUUUAAUUAGAUAUUAUUUCCAUGAUCUAAACACAGGCUUUACAUGUGUAUUGGUGCAUAUUAAAUUGAAGUGUGACAGAACUCUAUAGGUUUCUAAGUAUUUAUCUGUGUAGCGGAUUUUUUAACUUUCUUCACAAUUCGUAAAACAGCAAAAUUUUAAAUAUUUGUUUAGGGAACCAAACCUAAAUUUAUGUCGAUGAAUCAGAUCAGAUUGAAAUGUGGCGUUUAUAUCCAGUGUAGCUGCUUGAACAUGUUGUUCUACUGCUUCUUUUUGUCAAAUGUGUUUGUCUAAAGAAUGUUGUUGGUUUAUUUAGAGGUGUGCUGGUAAUAGAAUGCCUGGUGUGCAGAUGUGAUGGUCUUCACACCUAACCUCACAGUUUACAUGUGAAACCACUGAAAGUGCGAGAAAGACUUUGUUCCAACCUACAGCUAGUGGCUCCACAAUAGCUGCUUGGGCGCAUUUGUGAGUGUUUAUGUAUAAGAGUGUCUAUUUGGUUAUACUGAGUUGUGAGCUGAGUGUUAGUGAAAAAGAGGAACCAUACAAGCAAAAAAUGGUUGACUGGACACUGGAACUUUAUCAAGAGACUGCAAGUUAUAUGAUAUAUUUUACGUAUGUUUUGCUUUUGUUCUGUUGUACUUAUUUAUUAGGCUUUUUCUUUAAAAAAAAUAAAAUAAAAUAAAAGCGGGACCUAAGUACUAAUUUCAUACCACAAACGUGACUGUGAGCUGGCAUGACAAAUAAAGUUCCUUGAAUCCUUGAA